AUGAAUAUCAAUACGAAAAUCGUAUUACGUUUACAGCCGUAUGGUCGAUGCCUUCUUCAACAACAGCUAAAACAAACCAGUUCUCCUGCGCCUCUGCUUAUCACUUCUAUAAGAGAAGCAAGUAGCGGUGCAACACUUGAAUACGAUGCUCCAAAUGCAUAUAAACUUCAUAUGCUUGAAAAAGGACCCAACACUCAUGUAUCAUGUAAUCGCGAAGAAGGUCUAGACCAUUAUAAGAAAAUGCAGACUGUACGUCGAAUGGAAGCAUCAGCAAAUAACAUGUACAAAUCGAAAUUAAUUCGAGGCUUUUGCCAUCUUUACUCUGGACAAGAAGCUGUUUGCGUUGGAAUGAAAGCAGCUAUGGAUAAGAACGAUUCAUUGAUCACUGCUUAUCGUGCUCAUGGUUGGACUUAUAUGAUGGGUGUAUCUGUAACCGGUGUAUUAGCAGAAUUGACAGGUAGAAAAAGUGGUUGUGCUGAAGGACGCGGUGGAAGUAUGCAUAUGUAUGCGCCAAAUUUCUAUGGUGGAAACGGUAUUGUCGGUGCGCAAGUUCCACUUGGUGCCGGAGUGGCUUUUGCCCACAAAUACCGCGGAGAGCCAAAUGUAUGCAUUGCAUUGUAUGGUGACGGUGCUGCUAAUCAAGGUCAAGUUUUCGAAGCGUACAAUAUGGCCAAACUCUGGUCGUUACCAUGCAUUUUUGUAUGUGAAAACAAUGGUUAUGGUAUGGGUACUAGUUCAGCACGUGCUAGUGCUAAUCCAAAUUUUUAUAAACGAUGCGAGUAUAUUCCCGGUAUCUGGGUUGAUGGUAUGGAUAUUCUUGCUGUACGUGAAGCAACAAGAUUUGCUCGAGAAUGGUGUACGUCUGGAAAAGGUCCAAUGAUUAUGGAAAUGGCCACAUAUCGUUAUUUUGGUCACUCUAUGUCCGAUCCAGGCACAAGUUAUCGAACUCGAGAAGAAAUUCAAGAUGUACGUAAAAGUCGUGAUCCAAUAACAUCCUUCCGAGAGAAACUUGUUCAAGCCAAACUAGCCACCGAGGAUGAAUUUAAGGCUAUCGACAAUGACGUAAAGAAGAUCAUCGAAGAUGCAGAAAAUCGUGCCCAAAAUGAUCCUGAAUUACAUGUCGAUGAAUUGUAUUCCCAUGUGUACUCGCAACCACCACCAAAAUUCAAAAUUCGAGGAUGCGAUAAUUUCACAUUUAAAGAGGUCUCGAAAUGA